AAAACAUGGGUUAUGUACUUUUUUUGUCUACGGUUAUAUAUACACCCUCAGCAUGAGCCGGGAGCUAGUGUUAUUUUUUACCUAAGACUUGAACCUCUACCUUCACAAAAGCCAACGAAAUGGUCAAUAUCGGUCUUACCAAAGUGGACGAUGCGCUGGCAGAAAAACACCCGGGUUUAGGAAGUUAUGCUGCCUGUCAGUCUCAUGCCUUCAUGAAGGGGACUGGGAGCUUUGUACUUGGUGCUGCUGGUUUAUUUGCUAUUCAGAAGGUUCUUCAGAGGAAGCUUCCUUAUCCUCUUCAGUGGAACCUACUCAUUUCAAUAGUGGCGUCGUCAGUGGGAAGUUAUGUAGUGACUCGCUGGGAAACGCAGAAAUGCUCAGACCUUUGGUUGUUGCUAGAAACAGGCAAAGUCCCGGACAGAUCGCCACCGCAGGUGUCUAAACCAGAGGAAUCAAAAGGACCUGAGAAGACAAAAUAUGGCGAUGUGAUGGAAUGAACAUAGUUUUAAACACAUUUUUGCAUCUACUGUAUAUAACUGCACCUUUUCAGAGAAUGUACUAUGGUUGAGUGAUAUUCAGAUAAGCUGUUUAUUAACUAUAUAGAGAGUGUGAGGUAGUACGUACUGUACAUAACCUUGUUUUUAUUUCACCUUCUACAUGAAUGAAGUGUCAAUUUUUCUGUUGCAGAGUUUGUGGAGCUUUUGAAUUUCAUAACUGCUUUACUGUGUGGAUAAACAGACGAGUUUCCUGAAUCAGAGUUCAGGAAUUAGUUUGGGUUUUUCAGAAGAAUCCCCUGUUAAGCCUGUGAUCCGGUAUUAUUAUUUGGAUGCGUUUGUUUGACAUGCAACAGGAAUUAACGCUGCACUGCCAGAACCAGCCACUAGUUGUCACAAUACAUCCUGCGGGACAACAGAGCUGUGUGUUACUGGUGCCUCAACCAAACUAGUAUAUGACUAGUUUCUGUUUGCAAGUGUAUGAUCUAAAUUAAACAUUGAUCAUUUUAA